GCGGGCCCGCAGUCCCGCGGGUCGCUGCUGUCCCCGGGGCUGGUCAAGGACUUCCAGGUUGGCCCGCCGGAGCACGGGCGGGAUGCUCGCGGCCACGGCAGUGUCGAGAGUGAGGGCAGCCGGAAACCCUGGGAGGCACCAACUGCGGCCUGCCUCUCUGAGUCGUCGACCGCCGUCGAGUACUGCGACUGCCUCCUGUCCUAA